AUAGGGUCAUUGUCAUUUGAUGGUAGGACAUUCACAUUUUACAUUUGCAAUAGACGAACCACUGCCAAGGACAAACCUGAGCUCCAGAUGAUUUUCGUUGCUCUGACACUGCUGCCGAAUCCAAGGCUUCCUCCAGCUCUGCAGCACUCCAGCCUGCCCCAUGCGUGGUGGUCGAGGCGCACUCUCCAUUGGCUCGGCACCAUAGGGGCGUUGCUUCGGAGCUGGUGAGUGCUUAGGGUGCACGGGGUGUUCUAUGGAUGGCCAAGGGAAAGCGUACUUGGCACAGAUCCCUCCGUUCAGUAUAGACUGCAGUUUACAUCAGGCAGCGGGGCUUUUUUCUUUCUCUUCCUGUCUCGUCAGGGGGAUGAAUGUGUCACAAAUAGUUUGUAGUUUAUAGAGGGCGAUGGAUGCAAGUUUGCCAAUGCGAUGAGGCCAGUGCACCCUGCGAGACUUGCGCUGCGCAGAGCCUCCGCGGAUCCCACGACUUGUUGCUGCUGACAAGCCGGGGGAAGGGAGCAGGGGGAGCAGGGCAGCCGCUCCGGACACACAGAGGGUACCCGCCUUGGACACGACAGCCUGCGCUUCCGCGCGGAGGGAAUCAUGCAGUUUGCAAUCUGGCUGGUUGGACUAACGUGUCAGCUGUCAGCACUUGUGCGCGACACUUUGCAACACCGAUUGCAUCCGAAACAAGAAAGCUUCAUCAAGCAGCUGUCAUCGUACGAAAUCAUCAGCCCGCUGCGCGUGAAUGACUUCGGGGAGUCCUUCCCGCACACUUUGCACUACCGCAGGAGACGGAGGAGCCCGCGCGGCGGCGAUGGGCCGUCGGACCUGCGGGUCCACUACAGGCUGGACGCGUUCGGGCAACGCUUCCACCUCAACCUGACCGCGGACUCCGGCUUCAUCGCCCCCGCGUACGCGGUGACGCACCUGGGCGCGCGGCGGAGCGACGGCGCGGACUCCGAUGUCCGCGAGCCGGGCGACAUGCGCCACUGCUUCUUCCGCGGACACGUCAACGCCCGGGGCGAGCACCCCGCCGUCUUCAGCCUGUGCACUGGCCUCAUUGGAACUUUUACCACACAACAUGGUGAAUAUUUCUUGGAGCCUCUUUUAAAUGCUGCGGGGGAGGAAUAUGACGAAGAGCACAACAAACUUCAUCUUGUCUACCGACAUGAGAGGAAGAACACCACCUCGAAUACCGUCAACCACACAGAGCCCUGUGCUGCCUCAGAGGACUCCAAGAGGCCAGUCUCCUUUGAGAGCACAGGGAAUAUGGGAGAGGAGCUGGACUCUCUCAGAGUGACAAUAGAUGACCGGCACAUGAAUGAAAACAACUCCACCGGCACACGACCCGGAUCCCCACGCCGACGCAAGCGCUUCCUCUCCUAUCCUCGCUAUGUGGAGCUGAUGGUGACAGCGGACGCCAAAAUGGUGCGUCAUCAUGGACGGAACCUCGAGCACUACAUCCUUACAAUCAUGUCAGUAGUAGCGGCAGUGUACAGGGACCCCAGUGUAGGAAACCUCAUCAACAUCAUGAUUGUCAAGCUGGUCGUCGUCCACAAUGAACAGGAAGGGCCCAACGUGAGCUUCAACGCUGCCACGACCCUCCACAACUUCUGCGUUUGGCAGCAGAGCCAAAAUGUGCAGGACGACAGCCAUCCCUCUCACCAUGACACUGCACUGCUCAUCACCAGGGAAGACAUCUGCCGUGCGAAGGAUAAAUGUGACACUUUAGGACUAGCAGAGCUGGGGACCAUGUGUGACCAGUACCGGAGCUGCUCCAUCAGUGAGGAAAAUGGAAUUAGUGCCUCCUUCACCAUCGCUCAUGAGCUGGGCCAUGUGUUCAACAUGCCUCAUGAUGACAACCCAAAAUGUCGUGAGGCGGGCAUGAAGCACCAGUAUCACGUCAUGGCCCCCACCCUCAACUAUGACACCAAUCCCUGGUCAUGGUCUAAGUGCAGCCGCAAGUACAUCACUGAGUUUUUAGACACCGGCUACGGCGAGUGCCUCCUCGAUGAGCCUGUGGGCAGGACGUACGAGCUGCCCACCCUCCUCCCUGGUCAGAUCUACAAUGCCAACAGACAGUGUGAACUGAUGUUUGGACCGGGUUCCCAAAUUUGCCCCUACAUGAAACAGUGCAAGAGGCUGUGGUGUACGAGCGCGGAGGGGGACCACAAAGGAUGCCGCACACAGCACAUGCCACUGGCUGAUGGGACUGACUGUGGACACGGAAUGUAUUGCAGACACGGAAUGUGCGUAAACAAGGAGUUGGACCUGGAGCCAGUUCACGGGGAGUGGGGUCCCUGGGGGCCCUACAGUGUUUGCUCCAGGUCCUGUGGUGGAGGAACCCGGAGCAACUCCAGAGACUGCAACAAGCCUGAGCCCAGGAAUGGCGGCAAGUUCUGCGUGGGCCGCAGGAUGAAGUUCCGCUCCUGCAACACUGAGCCGUGUCCACGAGGACGGAAAGAUUUCCGCGAAGAGCAGUGCUCUCUGUUCGACGGCAAGCACUUCAACAUCAACGGUCUACCUCCCGCCGUCCGCUGGGUCCCCAAGUACAGUGGCAUACUAAUGAAGGAUCGCUGUAAGCUCUUCUGCCGGGUCGCUGGGACUACGGCGUAUUAUCAGCUGAAGGACCGCGUCAUCGACGGCACGCCGUGUGGGCCGGACACGUACGACAUCUGUGUUCAAGGCCUCUGCAGGCAAGCCGGCUGCGACCACGUCCUCAACUCGAAGGCCAGGAAUGACAAGUGCGGAGUGUGUGGCGGGGACAACUCCUCGUGCAAGACCCUGGCGGGGACCUUCAACGACGCACAGUAUGGUUACAACACAGUGGUGCGGAUCCCAGCUGGAGCCACCAACAUUGAUAUCAAACAGGUCAGCUACUCUGGAAAGCCAGAAGACGACAACUACCUCGCAUUGUCUGAUAGCCAGUCCAACUCCCUCCUGAACGGGAACUUUGUGGUGGCCAUGUUCAAAAGGGAAAUCACCUUCAAGGGAACCGUCAUCGAGUACAGCGGCUCGGACACAAAAGUAGAGCGCAUCAACUGCACCGAGCGCAUCGAGGAGGAGCUCGUCCUGCAGGUCCUGUGUGUGGGAAACCUCUACAACCCAGAUGUUCGUUACUCCUUCAACAUACCCAUCGAGGAGCACAGGGAGCAGUUUGUGUGGGAUCCCUCAGGCUCCUGGCUCGAGUGCAACCGCAUCUGUCAGGGUGAGCAGAGGCGAAAGUCAGUAUGUGUGCGUAAGAGCGAUCACCUUGAGGUAUCGGACCAACGCUGUGAACAUUUACCUCGUCCUUCUGCUGUUGCUGAGCCCUGCAAUGCUGAUUGUGAAGUCAGUUGGCAUGUCGCUGGAAAGAGCGAAUGUUCUGCUAAAUGUGGUCCAGGCUUCCGCAGCCUGGAUGUUCAGUGUAUGAAGUACAGCCUGAUAAAGAGACAGAGUGAGAGGAUGGAGGCCAGCAUGUGCAGAGACAUUGCAAAACCUCAGACCAGAGAGUCCUGCCAUGGGGACUGUCUGCUGAAGAACUGGCAGUACAGCGCUUGGUCACAGUGCUCAAAGACAUGUGGUCGCGGGAGCCGCAGCAGAGAGUCGUACUGCAUGAACAACCUGGGCAGACGGCUGAUAGACCGGGAGUGCAACGAACACCAGAGGGUGGUUACGGAAACCUGCAACGACCAGCCGUGUCCGAAGUGGACCUUCAGCGAGUGGAGCGAGUGCCUGGUGACCUGUGGGAAAGGCAUGAGACACAGGCAAGUGUCCUGCACCACGGGAGCCGGGGAGGAAAAAGUGAGCGAGCACUUCUGCGACCCGUCCGGCAAACCCCAAGCUGUGGGGAGCUGCGAGCUGCCCGAGUGUGCAUCCUGGCAGGUCGGCGUCUGGGGAGCGUGUGCGGUGACCUGUGGCCACGGCUACCAGAUGAGAGCUGUGAGGUGUGUGUCGGGGGACUACGGUAACACAGUAGAUGACAGAGAGUGCAAUGCUGCGGCGAGGCCCAGAGACAGUCAGGACUGUGAGAUGCCAGGGUGUCCAUGGGCUUCUCCGGCACAAAGCACAGCUCGUCCUGACAACUCGGCUCAGCUCCUGACUCAGUGGAGAUACGGCUCCUGGACCGCGUGCUCCGUGUCCUGCGGCAAGGGGAAGCGGGCGCGUUAUGUCAGCUGCAGAGAUGCCCAGGGAGGAGUGGCCGACGAAUCGUACUGUGCGCACCUGCCACGCCCCCCGGAGUCUUCCGCCUGCUUCAGCCCCUGUGGCCAAUGGCGUGCCGGGGAGUGGUCUCCUUGCUCAGUAACAUGUGGCGUAGGACGAACCACCAGACAGGUGGUCUGCUCAAACUACCACCAGCCAGUGGACCAGUCCUUCUGUGACCCGGAUGAGAAGCCCGCGACAGAACAGGAGUGCACCGCCGCGCCCUGCUCCUCCGUCUACCACCGCCAGCGCAUCAAUGACCAGCCCUACGGAUACCCUCAGGACCCAGGACGCCAUCCAGGCCACAGCAGCUGGAAUGUGCCCUCUGCAGACAACCAGUGGAGGACCGGACCCUGGGGCGCAUGUUCCAGUACCUGUGCAGGAGGCUUCCAGAGACGAGUGGUCGUCUGUCAGGACGCUGACGGACGCAGCAACAGUUACUGCGAUGAGAGAGUCAAACCUGCCGAGUCCAAGGGCUGUGACUCGGGGCCCUGCCCUCUGUGGAACUACGGUGUCUGGGGAGAGUGCACCCAGACCUGCGGCGGAGGACGGAGGACUCGCCUGGUGGUGUGUCAAAGGCCCAAUGGUCAGAGGCUCAACGACUACAACUGUGACGUCCUGGACAAGCCGCCCGACAUGGAGCAAUGCAACCUGCAGCUCUGCCCGGGCUCGGCCUCCUGGCACCGCCGACCAUGGAAGCCGUGUUCUGUGACCUGUGGCCGGGGCACCAAGGAGCGGGAGAUUGCCUGUGUCCUUCGGAACCAAACCAAAGUCGAGGAGGAGCACUGCAGUCCUCUGCCUCGGCCGCGCGCCCAGAAGGCCUGUCGGGCGCGGGGAUGCCCCAGCUGGAAAGCCAACAAGUGGAGGGAGUGUUCCGUCACCUGCGGGGUCGGAGUUCAGAGCCGAGAUGUUUACUGCAGGCUGAAAGGCACCGGGUGGGUCAGAGAGGAUCUGUGCGAUGCUCCCCAGCGUCCUGCAGUUACUCGACCGUGCCAGAGCGCCGAAUGCACACAUUACUCCUGGGUCGCUGGUGAAUGGGAAGAAUGUAAUGUUACCUGUGGCGAGGGUAUGAGGGGCAGGAAGGUGGGGUGUCUGGGCCCGGGGACGACGCCGGUCCAGGACGAUUACUGCGAGCCAUCGUCCCAGCCUCCGUCACGCCAACACUGCAAGGUCGCUCCCUGCCGCUACACGUGGAUCACAGGGGAGUGGUCACAGUGCUCUGCCAGCUGUGGUCUUGGCUACCAGCAGCGUAUGGUCUCCUGCUCGGUGAUUCCCUCCUCCCAGGCGGCGCAGCCGUACACCGCUGCCGCCCAGUCUUCCUCUGCCAGCACCUACUGCCCUGAGCCUCACCCUCCUGGCAGCCGGCCCUGCCUCCUCAGGGACUGCCCGCACGCGGCCUACUGGAAAGUUGGCCCGUGGAGCAAGUGCUCGCAGACCUGUGGUGCAGGAGUGAUGGAGCGCAGAGUCGAGUGUGUGACCUCCAAAGGCCAACCGUCCAAACACUGCCGUCCGUCAGAAAGACCUGAGUCUCAAGCUGCAUGUCAAGAGAGAGAAUGUCAACUGUUCGCGUCCUGCCGGGAGGCCCAGAUGAGACAGGGUGUGAGGAUAGAUGGGGAGUACUAUCUCAAAGUCAGGUCCCGGAUCCUACAGAUCUACUGCGCUGAAAUGCAGACUGAUUUCCCCAAGGAGUAUGUGACCCUGCGAAGCGGUCAGACGGACAACUUCUCUGAGGUUUAUGGACACAGGUUGCUGAACCCUUUCGAGUGCCCGUACAAUGGCAGCCGGAGACAAGAUUGCAACUGCAGGAACGACUACUCAGCGGCGGGAUACACGCUCUUCCACAAAGUUCGCCUGGACCUGAGCUCCCUGCGGAUAAUGAUCACGGACCUCCAGUUCUCCCAGACUCUUCUUGGACGACCUGUGCCCUUCGCUACAGCAGGAGACUGUUACAGUGCAGCCAAGUGUCCACAGGGCCAGUUCAGCAUCAACCUGAUUGGCACUGGCCUCAAAGUGGCUGAGGCCUCAAAGUGGACAUCUCAGGGCAACUAUGUUUCCGUCAAAGUCCACAGAUCUGAGGACGGGACAAGAAUCUACGGUCGCUGUGGUGGUUUCUGUGGGAAGUGCAUUCCCCAGGCUCACAAUGGCCUUCUCCUUGAAGCCUACUGAGGGCUGCGCAGAGACCAAACCCCUAAAUCUCUCCUGAAGACAGUAGCCCCCCCCCCCCCCGGAACAUGCAAAAGUAGCGAUAUGUCCGAGCCUGGAGUGUGGUGGAGGUGCAUUUGACAGUAAUCAUGGUAACAUCACCAUUUCCUGAAUGGCAGCUACAACAUACGAGACGCUACACGUACUAUGCAGCGCCACAGGGCCACUGACGGGCCCUUCAUCCAAACUGCUACUGACUCUGCAGAGGAGCCAGCUACAUUUGCAAUGGUCGAUCAAACACAUCUGUGCUUUGGAACCUCAAGUUGGGGCUUUUUUUCUGAUACUGUUAUGGAUUUUUUUAGCAUCAUACAAAGGGAUACAGUGCGUCAACACAUUGGCAAAGCGAACACACCAGCCGCAGAAAAUAACCUCACAGACGUAUCAUCUCUCUUCACGAAGCAAACCCUAAUCUUCUUCAAACAGCAUUGUUCUGGAAAAGUGAAUUGCAUCAUGAAGUACCUGGGACUGAUCUUUUUAUAUGUUUCCUUUAAUGGUACAGAGAUAUUUAAAUGUACAGCUACUGUACUAAUUGAGUUGCCACUUACCUCCCUUACCUGUCAAACUGACUCGAGGUCAGUUUAAGACAGUAGAAGACUCCUUCUGUAUGUAUGUAUAAUCACCGCAGUGAUGACAACGUGCUACAGACAGAUAUUGGCGAUCGUAGGUGAGGGAUGGCUGUAUGAAAAAAAAAAGGUACAAACGUACUUUUUUGGGGGACUACUUAAUGAGCUUCGUGGAAUAACAGCUUAGCCUUAAAGGAAUAGUUCAACAUUUUGGCCUCAUUUUAUUUUUCAGGUCGAGAGUUGAGUGACGAGUUCAGUGGCUCCCUCGUGUCUGUUGGCCAAAUGUGAAGCGACCGUCAGCAGCCAGUUAGUUUAGCUCGACUCAAAGAUUGGCGACAGUCUUUAAGUUAAUUUCCCAAACUGUAUAACUAUUCCUUUUGGGCUCAGGAGUAAUGUAGCAACUAACUACUGAUAACCUUUCUAGAAGCGUCUUGUGUCAGAGGUCAAACUUUAGCAAAACAUCAGGAGCCUUUAGAGCAACUACGGAUCAUUUGAGUUUUCACUUUUUGGUGUAUUUCUAGCCUGUGUGCUGUCGUCUGUUGUCAGUCAUUUCUACUGUCUUGGGAGUAACGUGUUACUGUAAUACCACUAUUAAUUCAUUUUUCAAAGACGUGAAACGGACAGCUGCAGACUUGGAAAGACAAUUUUAGCCGUCAACAGACUUUACAAUGUCACAAAUGAAUGACCCAAAUAAUCCGCAUCAGCUCACACAGUGGCUGAUAGUCCGAGCAAUGCAGUUUCUUGGCCUGGAGAUAUGGACUUUUCACAUGCAGUGAGUUGUACCAUGUCCACAUUAAAGAACACUAUCUAUUUCCCACGGCUGAAACAGUACUACUGACUCAGAGCUUGAUUCGCGGGCCUGUUGUGGGUCGUAGUGAUGAUGGGUUCACACUGUUUGACAGUUGUAUUGUCUCACACUGUGGAUCAAUGAUAGCUAUCUGUGCAUCAAUCGGAAAACUGAAUCGGACAUUUAAAAGUAAUCCAAAGUUACUUUCCCAAGUGACAAUUUACUCUUUUGUGCAGUAAUUGGUAAAGUAACUCCGUUACUUUUGAAAGAAGUAACUAGUAACUAAUGAAUUACUAAUUUUCAGUAACUUACCCGACACUGGUCAUUUCACAGAACUACUGACACGUGGAUAGAGACAAAAUAAACUCCAGUGCCGUGAGGAAAUUACUAAAAUAUAUUUCAAUAUUUCAGAGUGUUUCACGCCUCUUUUAAACCAGGGUGUUUUUUUGUUUUUUUAUUAGUGUUAUUCUUUAAAUUCAUCUCACAUACAAGUUCUCAUCUGUUACGCCGUGACACAGUAUCAGGUGUGAUGUCUCACGUCACACCCUCCACUGGGCCUACUGUAGGUACCUGCAACCCCCUACCUCUCACAAACACCCAUUGUCUACUGAGAUAUGUGUUGUAAUAUAUUUAUGUCAGACCAUAUUUAUUCUGUAUUGACUGUAAUGUAGAUGCGUUCCGUGUUGUAUGUACGACGACUACUACCAACAGAGGAGCCACUGGCUUCACUAAGAAAGGUACUAGCCUGCAAUUUGUAGCGUAUAACCACUAACCUUAAAAAAAAAUGAGGAUCUUUUGAAUGGUGCUUUUGAACUACUGGAAUUACCUCUGAUCUUGAGAAGGAAAACACUGGCUUUGGGACGAAUACGUGCUGUGGCAGAGCUUCCGGUCAUUCAGUCAGACAGGGUUUGGCUCAAUCGCCUCAUCAGCAGACGUAGCAUCUGCCUAUGAAUGCAUGACAUUUUCCUCGUAUUAACGGAACUGAACAAAACGAGCUGCAGGUUUGCCAGUAAUAUCAGAUAAACCUCCUGCAUGAGGAAAUCAAGGCAAACUCAUCAUGCACGACUUUCACCACGACCACGACCACGAGCCACCUAACAUCCUGCUACUCUGAUGUUCAGCUUUAACCAAAGUUAGAUAGAUGCUGAUUCUUUUUAUUCUCUUCAUCUCAGAAAAUGCAGCUUGUUUUGAUUUAAAGAAUGGCUGAAAAAAAAGAAGAUAAAUAAGUCAAUGAGCAGCUAGAAAAACCUUUGGCUAUCAUUCAUUUUUAUGAUGGUCAAUUGUUCUAUGAGGUCUGUAUCAGAAAUUUAAAGAAUACUUGAUGCACUAUGUGCCGUGUUUUUUUUUUAGAAAUGUAAUCCUGUUUGUUUUUUUGUAAUAACCAUUAAGAUUUGUAACUUAUGAUAUAUGUUGUAUUUUUAAUAUUCAUACUUGAAUUGUAAACAGUGUGCUAAAUAUUGAACGGGCAUUGUACUGAAUAGAGAAAUAGUGUGCUUGUUUGCCAUGCUUUAUCCAAAGAUGUUUUUAAGAAUCAGAGGUACCUACAGUAUGUAUGUAGCCUGUAUAAAAGAAAUGAAUGAUUGAUUCUGGUGCUAUGGUUACUAAUCGUACCAAUACUGUAUGCCAUGCUAUUACCUGUACUAACACUGUCAAAACAUAAGUAUUAAUAAAACAUGCUUCUCAGCUGA